AUGGCACAACCCGAUCUCACAUCGCAUCACGUCAAUUACCUAAUAUGGAGGUAUCUUCAAGAGUCAGGGCAUGGCGAGGCUGCACUCACCUUACAGCGCGCGUGGAAUCGUGACCCGCAGAGUUUGCCGUUCGCCCCAUACAUCAAAACUCAUGCUCUGGUAUCCCUGGUACAAAAGGGCCUGCAGUAUCAUGAACUAGAGCAUUCGCUCGACAGGGAUGGAAAUCCUACGGCCUUCACAUCGUCUGACUACUUUUUCGGGCCUACGCCGCUGGAACCCGAAACUGAAAAGGGUCAAAGUGGCCCCGGAGAGGCAGGCGUUGGCACAGACCAGGCGCCUGUCUCGCCUACAAGCAAAGUUCCGCGAGAUGGCGGCGUGAUUAACGGUCACUUGACGGCCGAGGCGGCGGCGGCGGCGGCACCCCAAGCACCAACAGCACCAGCAUCAGCACCACCUCAAGCUCCCGCCGGCGUGAAGAAGCCGCACAAGAGCGGAGAGACCAACGGUGAUGAAACUCCCAUGGAAAUUGACACUAAUGGAGUAACGACUGAAAAUAAGUCCGAGGUAGUCGAUGAGUUGCCUCCAAAAGCCGACAUGGAGGUGGACGGUGACGGAGAUGUGAGCAUGGGCGGCCGACCGGAUUCGCAGGACCAGGAACCAGAACCAGCACCAGUACCAGCACCGGUGGCGCCGACCUUCACGUUAACCACCGGCCACAGCGUUGGCGUCCAGAUCACCCCCGCCAAGGCCGCCGACCUUGGGCCCAACACCGCCAUCCUCGAUCUGGCUAGUGAUGAUCACGUGACUCGCACCCUCUGGCGCCCUCGGGACCCUACUACCGUCGUGGCCGCCGGUGAUACUUUCUGCAGCCUGUGGAGGCUGUCUUCAUCCUCGGAUCCGGUACAGGAGAAACUCGUAGCGAACAAGGGGGAUAGCACCUGUGUUUCGGCAGUCGCCUGGGACCCAUUGGGCCAGAAGCUGGCCGUCGCGACCUACAAUGACAUGAGGGGCUCCAUCACCAUGUAUGACGUCUCUGGAAAUGCGGUCGAUCUUCUUCCCGAAGUACCGCGGAUGAUUACUGGGUUGCACUGGGCGGAAAGCGGGUCCCAUUUGAUUGUGGUUGCCUCGGACAGCCGAAUCUCUGAGCUAGCGCUCUGGGACGACUCAUUACGACCGGACGAAUUCCCAUCGCCUCAGGUUAUCGAGGGAUCAAUCUUUGACCUUUGUUGGUUGGGCUCCAACCAGGCUUUUGCUUGUGGUAACGGAACGGUCUAUCAAUGCGAUGUCGAUUCGAGUAUCCACAUCGCCAAGACGUUCUCAUCUGGCGACCCUGACCAGCCUUGGUCAUUCAUCCGCUGUGCGAAUGCCGGCUCUUCACCCGUGGCGGUAACUGCAUCUUCCGCCAAUGCUACAUUAUGGGUGCCUACCCAUGACAUGCGCCAUGAGGGUGCCCAUGAAGGCGACAUUACGGCCAUCGAGCUGAAGCCCAAUAUGGAACAGCAGCAACAACCAGAAACAGCACAAACCAUCGUUUUGGCCACUUCCUCCACCGACGACACAGUCAAGGUAUGGCAUUUGGAGCUGGAGUCCAAACAGUUCAAGUGUAUCCACCGAUUGUUCCUCGGUCCGUCGGCACCCGCUCUCGCUAGCACUUUCUCUCCCGACGGAUACGCCCUUGCUGCUGCCAGUAAAGAGAGUUUGUUCAUCUGGAAUGCACAGCGAGGAGGCACUGCGUUGGCCACAUGGAAAGUGCCGGGUCCCGGCGAGCAGAAAAAGGAGGAAGAGUCUAGUCCCAUGGUGAAUGGACACAAUGGCACUGCGGAGUCGGUGCCGGAUCGCAGUCUAGCGUGGGAUACCGAUGGCAAAAAGCUUGCUUUCGGCUAUGGAAACCAGCUGGCCAUCGUAAAUUUGCAGCGCUGA